AUGGCCACGAUUGUCCUUGGAGCCCAAUGGGGAGACGAGGGUAAGGGAAAAUUAACCGACAUCUUGUGCUCCAAAGUGAAGCUUUGCGCCAGAGCAGCUGGCGGAAGAAAUGCAGGCCACUCGAUCGUUGCCGAAAACGGCGUUUCCUACAGCUUUCACUUGCUGCCGUCCGGCCUGGUCAACCCCAACUGUGUCAACCUGAUUGGCUCGGGCGUCGUCUUUCACGUCCCCAGUUUCUUCAGCGAGCUCGACGAUCUACACAAGAAGGGCUUGGAUACCAAGGAUCGAAUCCUUGUGUCGGAUCGCUGCCAGGUCAGCUUUGAUCUUCAUGCCAAAGUAGACGGCCUCGAAGAAGUCGAGCUUGGAAAGCACAAAAUUGGAAGCACGGGCAAGGGCAUUGGACCAUCCUACAGCUGCAAGGCUGCCCGCAGCGGUGUUCGCGUUCACGAAAUCUUUGACGAGCCGAAUUUCGAACGAAAGCUCCGUCUGCUUGCCGACGGGUACAAGAAGCGCUUUGGAGAUUUGCUGGAGUACGACGUUGAGGAGGAAAUCGCCCGCUUUAAGGAGUACCGUACCACGCUUGCGCCUUACGUCGUCGAUGCUGUGGCAUUCAUGAAAGCUGCCCAGGACAAUAACGAAAAGUUCUCGGUGGAGGGUGCCAACGCUUUGCUCUUGGACAUUGACUACGGCACAUACCCAUAUGUGACGAGCUCGAACACCGGCCUUGGUGGCGUUAUUACUGGUCUUACCCUCAAUCCCACCAAAAUCGACAACGUUAUUGGUGUUGUGAAAGCCUAUACCACUCGAGUUGGUGGCGGACCGUUCAAGACUGAGGAUCUCGGAGAAGCGGGCACAAAACUGCAAGAAAUCGGCCGUGAAUGGGGUGUAAGCACUGGACGAAAGCGCCGAUGCGGCUGGCUCGACCUCGUCGUCCUCAAGUACUCGACAGCCAUCAACUACUACACUCUCCUUAACUUGACCAAGCUAGACGUGCUUGACACUUUCCCUGUUAUUAAAGUCGCCGUCGCGUACAAGUCGCCCGAGGGCGAGGAGAUUGACUACUUCCCUGCCGACCUAGGCUACCUCGAAAAAUGCGAGGUGGUUUACAAGGAAUUCGAAGGCUGGCAAAAGCCUACCACUCAUGCCAAGACAUAUUACGAUCUUCCUAAGCAGGCACGUGAAUACGUUGAAUUCAUUGAGACCUUUGUCGGAGUUAAAAUUGGUUGGAUUGGCACGGGUCCAGCAAGAGACGACAUGAUCACCCGAGUGGCGUAG